CUCCCCAUCUUCCUUUAUUUUCUUCUUUGUGUGUGUGUGUGUGUGUGUAUAUAUAUAUAUUAUUUAUAUGUAUCACCUUAGGCGCACUGAGAAAUCCAUGAAAGAUAAAAUUUUCAGGAAUAGGAAACAUAAAGAAGGAUUGGUGUUCGAAAAAAGAAGAAAAGGGUGUGGAAUUGCAAAUCGGACCCGACAACGGCGGACCCACUUCUCCCUCUACCCUCAAAAGCCUUUUUCUCCAGGCAGGUCCUAAGGAGGAGUGGAGCUUGAAAUUUAUGAAUCUUUGAGCUGAAAAGGUUCUGGAAGAAUUCUUGUGCAACCAUUAUAAAAGCAGACCUUACUAGUUGCAAUCACAGCAAUGCUCUUGAAAAAUCAUGAUAAGAGGUUUAGAGACUGAGUAGUCAUUAUGGGUGGUUGUGUAUCAACACCAGCUUUACCGCAUAAACCAUUAAAAAUUGUUAAAGCAAGGAGGCGGCGCCGUGGUCGCUCCAAGAAGCACCUUCCAUCUUCAGCUACAGAUGGAAUUAGAAUAAGGAAUAAUGACGCAGGAGCUCGAGUCUCAGAUUUGUCUGUUGGAGAGCUUCUUCAAUCAACUACCACGAGCAGAAGAUCCGAAGUCUCCAAUUCCACAUUCCAUCCCUCUCAGUUGCAAUGGCACCAUGGCCAGAUUGAUGCUAAUGGAAUUUGCAACGACGAAGCAUGGUUUGACACACUCAGCAUACUAGAUUCUGACUCAGAUGAGGAGUUUAGUAGUGUUCAUGGAGAUUCCUACCCCAACGUCGCAAAUGGUCAAGUGCUUCAGUAUGAGACUCCACCACAGAUUUUGGACAGCAAAUGCAGUUUCAAAGACUACUAUGAAAAAAAUCGGAAAAUAGAUAAUGGUUUAGUGAUGAGUGAGGAGUUGGGUACCAAGAGGAAGAAAAACUUAGACCGGUCCUAUGUGAGUUUUAAUGGAGUGAAAGAUGACAGAAAUGAUCAUGAGGAGAAAGCUUCAGAGAAGUUAUUUAAGUCAGUCUUACCUCGGCUGGUUCCUUCUGUAAGUUUUAAUGAUAAGAUCAACAGUGCAGUUAGUGCGGGAACACAAUCUCAAAGAAAGAAAUCAACUGUUAUCCGGCUAUCUUUUAAGAGGAAGUCUGUUGAUGGAGAAGAAACAAAUGAAUGCUGUGAGCAUCUUUUAGGUGCAUCAACAAAGUAUAUAUAUCGUCCCAGAGCCGGACUAAUGAUCCCUUGCUGUACUGAGGAGAAGCCGACUUCUGGAACUUGGUCUGAGAUUCAGCCCUCAACCUUUAAGCUCCGUGGGGAAAACUACUUUAAAGAUAAGAAAAAAUGUCCUGCACCAAAUGUCUCUCCUUACACUCCAAUUGGUGUAGAUCUGUUUGCAUCUAAAAGAAAGAUCAACCACAUUGCACAACGCCUUGAGCUACCUUCUGUAAAAGCAGAUGGGAAAGUGCCACCACUACUAAUUGUCAACAUUCAGCUGCCCACUUAUCCACCGCCCAUUUUUCUUGGUGAUACUGAUGGAGAGGGCCUGAGUCUUGUACUAUAUUUUCGACUUUCUGACAGUUUUGAGAAGGACAUAUCUCCUCAAUUCCAAGAGAGUAUCAAGAGAUUGGUCGAGGAUGAUGUGGAAAAGAUUAAAGGAUUUGCUAAAGAUUCAACAGCUCCUUUCAGAGAAAGGUUAAAAAUCAUGGUUGGGAUGGUUAACCCCGAAGAUUUUGUCUCGGGUUCUACUGAAAGAAAACUUCUGAACGCAUACAAUGAAAAGCCAGUUCUUUCCCGCCCUCAGCAUGAGUUUUAUCAGGGGCCUAAUUACUUUGAAAUCGACCUGGACAUUCAUCGCUUCAGCUACAUAGCAAGAAAAGGACUUGAAGCAUUCCGAGAGCGUUUGGCGACUGGAAUACUGGAUUUAGGAUUGACAAUUCAGGCACAGAAGCCAGAAGACCUACCGGAGAAAGUCCUCUGUUGCGUGCGACUGAACAAGAUCGAUUUCGUCAACCAUGGACAAAUACCCAAUAUCGUCAGGAUCGACGAUGAAUGAUGGCACGAUGACUGAUGAGCAAGAAAAGGUUUACGGGCUCCCGAUGUGUUCCGGGUCCAAGCAAUUCCAGACCCAGCCAAUUUGUGAAGCAGAUGAACUGAGAGUAUCUACUAAUGUAUGAGCAUAACAUUGAUUUAGCACUUGGAUUCAGUGACUUGUUAACACAAAAAUGUUCACUCAUCCGAUUCUUGAAAUGUAACAUGUUGUAUUAAGCUGUAGCCUCUGACAAUGUGGAGAUGUAAAUAUUGUUCCAUUGAUUCUUGAAAUCAGCAUCAAGAUUGGAAGAUGUUUGAUGGAAAAGUUGAGCCUCUUUGUAUUUCUU